AUUUGAUAAAAAUAUGUAGUUUUGUUUUUCGACGGUGAGAAAUAUCUAUCAUCAACAAUUGCUUAUAUAUCAAUAUCAUCAUGGACGACAUGACAAAAAAAAUGUCAGACACAGCAGCUUCUCCUAGCACCAUAGGUGAUGAGCUCCAAGACAGCUCACCUAGUGCUACUGGGACAACCGCUACGAAAACAGGCUCUCCUGUAAAGAACAGCUAUAAUGACAAAGAGCCUCCACACUUUGUCAGACUCCGGGUCCUGCGCAAAUGGUUGGAUGAGAACGGUUGUGCUCUUCCUUCCUAUAUGGAGUUGGCAUCGGACGUCCUGAAAGGCAUGCAUGUGCGCGUGAAAGCCGACUUAGGUCCGGAGGAUUUGGAGGGGACGGCGGAGGGCCAAGAGGACUUCGGUACCUUUUUGGCGCGUAUCCCAGAGGGAGCCGUUUUGUCCGAUGCGGAUUUACCUGCAGAGGUGUGCAAGAGACCACCGGUAACCGCAGACUUUCCGGCAGAAUGCUGGACAGCAACGCAGGAUAUCUGGGUUUUUCUUUGUCUCGCAAAGACGGGGAAAUUGCAGACGCGGUAUCAGGGAUACAUUGAGUCCUUGCCACCAAUACGACGUGUUGAGAAAAGUACGAAGGAUGAUGAGAGAGAAGUAGAACCCGCUGGCAAGAAACCGAAGCUCGUGAAUUCCACUACAACUUCUCCAUCUACUUCUUCGGUUCAUGCAACCGAACAUUUUGGUGCUGGAGAUGACGAGUUAUUUUGUCCGGACGAUCCGACGCAUUGGGACGCGAAGACAUUAGUUGAGUUUUUAGGCAGUUCAAACCUGUAUCACGAAACCGUGCGGGUUAAGGCCAUGCUCAAAUUACAGGUGGACCGCUGGGCCGGACCGACGUACGGCAUUUCAUUAAAUGAAUGGCUCUGGGCCCGCAGUGUGUAUACUUCACGCGUAUUUGGUGCUGGUCUGAAACGGGGUGCAACGGUUCCGGUGAUGCUGCCCUUGAUCGACGUUUUCAACCACGACCGUGCCUGUCCUGUGGAAGUUGUGCGUUCCUUUGAUUCUGGGAGAGCUGAGCCAGAUGUUGUACUAGCCGGCAAAAAGGUUGACGACGAGAGCGACGACAUGACGGAAGGCGCUGCGGCUGCGGGAGGAGAACAGAACUUACAUCUAGAACUUUCUCCUGGCGCAGAGGUUUUCAACAACUACGGGCGCAAAGGCAACGAAGAACUUUUGCUUGGGUACGGGUUCUCUCUGCCGGACAAUCCUCACAAUUCGGUGCAAUUGCGCGCAACACUCCGCUUGACGGAUGUGGAAGGAAAGGUGUUGAGUCGUGACGAGUAUGAUGAUUUUAUCGCGAAAGUGAAGUCCUGGUUGGCUGCCGGGCGAGCUGCGGCGCCGCCAGCACACGAGAAGGCAGGAAAGUGCCCGGAGGUUGUCUCAGCGGAGUACCCAAAUCUUACAGUAGGCCCCUUUUUCGUUAGCAAAUUCGACAAGGAAGCUGCAUCGGAAGCGAGACGAUCAAAAUUUCGAGACAAAAUAGACGGAGACGUAUUACAUGCUAUUGUACGGUCUUGGCGAAGCGGGACCACUGCUGAAGAGAGCACGGGCGCAGCCGCGGUAAAGGACACUGGGACGAACAGAAUUGAGGGCAUAGCCCUGACACUGUCUGGACUAAAGGAUUCCGGUGCGCUGCUGCCAAUUAGCUUGCUAACGUUUUUCACCGUAGUGACGCUCCAUCGCGAGACGAAACUUUUGCGAUCGUGCUAUUUGGCGGAGAAAGAGCAUGACGAUGAUGAUGAGGAGCCGAUCGACGUGGCCUGCGCCAAUGCUUUAGAAGAUCUCUCUGGUUGCUUUAAGGCGAAAGGAGCCACUCUCGAGCCCGUUGUAGCAAGGAUAAACAGUGCCGUGCAGCAGCACGCAGGAGAAGCGCAGGACGACAAUGUUCAAAUGAAGACGGGCGCUGAUAGGGUUUCAUCGAUUCAGAAACAGCGACGGCAACAAAACUGUAGGAAUUAUCUAACCGCGCAGGCGGAGCUCUUUCGAGUGGCAACAGGUUGCUGUGAAACCAUCAGUGAAAUCUGGCUUGAUGAGUGCCCUUCUAGUUCUCGCUGCCUAGAAGGGCUUCUGACUAACGAUACCAGCGACAAAAUACCUUGAGCGACAUCGACGACAGCACAGAAAGAUUUACACUAGAUUAUUGAGAUGUGCUUUUGGCUCCUGACCCCAUCCCAACUACGAUAAUGUAUCUGAAUAUUGAAUGUAUAAACCGCUGGCUGCUGGCAGAAAGCAGUUCAGGAUUCUACUGAACAAAGCGC